AUGGCGGAUCGCGAUGUCGUGGAUCGCGAUUUGGUGGUUUGCGAUGCGGUAGUUCGCGGUGUGGUGGUUCGCGAUGUGGUGGUUCGCGAUGUGGUGGUUCGCGAUGUGGGGGGAAAUGAUAAUGGGAACGAGUUGUAUUCUCUGUACAAAUAA